CGAAAGUCGACAGCUACACAUUUACGAAAGGUCAAAGUUACACCUGUGAAACUGCUUGAGUUUAGAACAGGGAAAGCUCAGCGUCCCAUGUUCACGAGAAUCAGAACGCUGGCGGCUGUCAGAUAAAAAACAAGACACGCUCUUUCGCUUUUAUAUACAUUCGAUAUUUUUUCCUUUCUCCUAAAUUCAUCAUGGAUUCGUUGCCGGAUGAUUGUGUUUCAAAGAUCUUGUCGUACACAUCUCCACAUGACGCAUGUAGAUUCUCAAUGGUGUCUUCAACCCUCCGUUCAGCCGCUGACUCUGACCUCCUAUGGCAAAGCUUCUGUCCCUCUGAUUAUCGUCGCAUUCUAUCAAGGGUUCUUCAUCCCCACACCCUUGAUUCCUCUUCUUACAAACACCUCUUCUGUUCUCUCUGUCAUCCACUUCUCCUAGAUGGCGGCAACAUGAGCUUCAAAUUAGAGAAGUCUUCAGGUAAAAAAUCGUACAUCCAAUCCGCUAGACAAUUGUCGAUAACGUGGAGCAGUGACCCCUUGUACUGGUGCUGGAGAACGGUCCCAGAAUCAAGAUUAAAAGAAGUGGCAGAGCUGAGAAUGGUGAGCUGGUUAGAAAUUCGGGGGGAAAUAUGGACGAGGAUUCUAACACCAAACACGUGGUAUGCGGUUUAUCUGAUAAUGAAAAUUUCGCACCGCGAGUACGGUCUUGAUCGGGUGGCGUGCGAGGUGAGUGUUGCAGUGGGGGAGAAAGUGCAGAGUGGGAAGGUUUAUCUGUGCGAGAAAGAUGAGAAAAAGGGUAAGAAGGGGAGGGUGUUGAAGAUGGAAGAAGAGGAAGUUAUGGGAGUUGCAGCAAAAAGAGAAGAUGGGUGGAUGGAAAUCAAGGUGGGUGAGUUCUUCAGUGGUGAAAAUGACGAACACGUUACGAUGAGUUUGAUGGAGGAAGGUUACCAGUUGAAGGGAGGACUUGUCGUCGAAGGCAUCGAAGUUAGACCCAAGCAUCAUCAUUCUUAAUUCUCCAAUCAAAUGUUUCAUUC